AUGGACUCUUUACCCGGGAAAAAUAUCCCUACUAAAGCACUUGUUGUUGACAAGCCUAACGCACCUUUCAUCCUCGAAGAUGUGGUCCUGGAUGAAGUACGAGAGAAUGAGCUUCUUGUGGAAAUCAAAUACUCGGGAAUAUGCCACACUGACCUUGUUAUACAGCAGGGGAAAAUGCCCAUCGGUGGUUUCCCGGUGGUAGCUGGCCAUGAAGGCGCUGGCAUUAUUCUCAGGCUGGGUAGCGGCCUCGAAGGUUCGGGGCUCAGAGAGGGUGACCGGGUGAUACUGGGGUUCGCCUCUUGCAUGAGUUGCACAGCAUGUCGCGAAGGGAGCAAGGGAGCUUGCGCCAACAUCGCCCUUACCAAUUUUGGAGGCACAAGAGGCCUUGACGAUACUUCAAUUCGCCGUCCUAACGGUGACUUUGUAAGAGGUCCAGUGUUUGGCCAGUCGUCAUUUUCCAAGCUCGCGGUCUGCGAUGCCAGAACUGUGGUUAAAUAUCCAGGGCCGGUUGAAGACCUAUCAUUUUUGGCUCCUCUAGGCUGCGGGUUUAUGACGGGUGCUGGAACGGUCAUGGAUGUUUUGAAGCCACAGUCAAGCAGCAGCAUCGCUAUCUUGGGGCUUGGUGCAGUGGGGCUUUGUGCUCUCAUGGCAGCUAAAAGCCUCAACGUUGCUGAAAUCGUAGCAAUCGAUAUUGUUGAUUCACGGUUGGAAUUGGCGAAGUCUCUAGGGGCUACACACGCUCUGGACGGGAGGAAGUACAGGGAUAUUGAAGCUGCAAUUCGAGAAGCGUCUGCGCAUGGUGUUGACUAUAUAGUCGAUACUACCGGUCUGAUCAGCGCGAUCAACAGUGGUAUCAGAGCGCUCGCGCAACGGGGAACGCUCGCCAUUGUCGGCACGCCUCCACCAAGGGAGUGCCUCAGUGCUGAAGCGAUGGAAAUGCUCAUCCACUGCAAGAAGAUUAUCGGAAUUACAGGUGCUUAUGCCAACCCUCAAGAGGUGAGCUUGCACUUUUCGUCGGCAAAAUGUGGUUUAUUGAUGCUAUAA